CAGGAAGGGGUGUCCCAGAGCCGUCUCCACCUGCACCCCAGGGCGCUGAGGGAGGGACCGGGAGGUGGACGUGGUAUAAGACGGCCGCCCUGCGCAGGUCUGGAGAUGCUUGGCUCCCAACCGAGUCUGGAGCCCAGGUCAGAUCAGAGCCUCUGGAGAAGAGACCCUUCCUCUGCCUGGCAGCCCCGAGAGACUCAGAGAGGCCCCCAUGGCAGGCUUCCUUCUCCCACCCCCGCUGAUCCUACUGCUGUCCGCAGCCCUGGGAUCUGCUGCACAGGAAGACCAGGUUAACAAGAGGGAGAAGAGGAUUAUUAAUGGAUUCCCAUGUCCAAGAGGCUCCCGGCCCUGGCAAGUGGCUCUGCUCAACAGUAAUCACCUCCACUGUGCAGGCGUGCUGGUCAACGAGCAGUGGGUCCUCACCACUGCCCAAUGCAUGCUGAGGGCGUACAACGUGCACAUGGGCAGUGAAGAGCUGGGAAAAGGCCAGAAGGUCAGGGCCACAAAGUCAUUCCGCCACCCCGGCUACUCCAAACAGACCCACGUUGAUGACCUCAUGCUGGUGAAGCUAAAUAGCCGGGCCAGGCUGUCACCCAGUGUGCAGAAAGUCAACCUGCCUUCCCGCUGUGAACCCCCUGGGACCGAAUGUACCGUUUCUGGCUGGGGCACCACCAGCAGCCCUGCGGUGACCUAUCCAAAGCAGCUCAUGUGCGCGAAUGUCAGCCUCAUCUCCUCUGAAGACUGCAGGGAGGUGUACGGGGACGUGCUGGGAAAUUCCAUGCUGUGUGCCGGCCACCUUGACACCAGCACGAAUGCCUGCCUUGGUGACUCAGGGGGACCACUGAUAUGCAAAGGUACUUUGCAAGGCCUGGUGUCCUGGGGAAGUUUCCCUUGCGACCAAAGGAACCACCCAGGUGUCUAUACCCAAGUCUGCAAGUACGUCGAUUGGAUAAAUGACACCAUGAGAAAGCAUCGCUAAUCUCUCCAUACUCCCAUCUCUCCAUCCCUAUGCCCUGAACAGGAAAUUCUCAGAAAUAAGGACAUCGCUGACCUACAGUCAUACUGGACCUUACCCUUCCUCAAAGACCUAUCAAAACCUCAACAAUAUGCCAUGUGUGUAAGCCAAUCAAGUCAGCAAGGACCUAAAACCAAAACAGGAAACACAGAAACCUCUGUGCUGGUAAAGAGGUAGUGAGACCAGCACUGUUGGCCACUGAAACUGUAAAUUCAUACAAUUUUUAUGGAAGUUGAUUUGCAAUGUGAAUCAGGAGCCUUGUUCUCCACAUUUGACCCAGUAAUUCCAGGUCUGGGAAGAUACUAUUUAAAAAAAUAUAUAUGUGCAACAAGGUUUGAAUUUAUCACAUUAUUAUAGCAGAACAGUGGAAACACUGAAUAUGUCCAAAAUCAGUGGAGUGUUUAAGUAAACAACAGGCUGGCUUGAGACAAGGAUAUUGUGAAGCUGUUAAGGAUAAUAAUUGUGCAGAAUUGUUAGUGUUAUACAGGGAUGUUUGUGCUGUGUGAUAUUAAAUGAAGAAAGGAAGAUUCAGAAAUAUAUGUGUAUGUCAUCCUCACUAUGUAAAAUUAAAAUUUUCAGAAAAUAAAACCUGAAAGGACAAGUACCAA